AUGAAAAGGGCUUCACCUCAAGCUAUUGAAACUGAAAAACCGAACAAGACUCCUAGGAGGUCUCUACCAAUUAAUGCUUCUGUCCUUUCUACAGCAUUUCAAGCCACCCCGAAACUUGCGGCUACAAGAAUUCCGGUGAAUCAGCAAACUUCAAAAAUGCCGAGGACGAAAUCGGCUUCUGCCUUGCGACCACAACCUGAAAACUCCGUGUUCAACAUGACCCCCGAGCCGAACAGCUCCCUUCUCAAUAGCACUAAAGGUAGCAGAAUCGGGCUACCGCUCGCCAGUUCAACCCCGAAAUCGGACAAGGGAUCGAGAUCCCUAACCCGACAAUCAGCAUGCGAUUGGAGCUUCCAGUCGACGUCGUUCACCGAUGUCGAGGCGAAGGAAACCCUGCUAUGGCUUGAGGGCCUCAAGCAAAACGACCCGACAAAAUUGCGAACCGUCAUUGAGGAACUUGGUCUGGAGCCAAAAACCUGGGGUCGACGGCUUCAAAACAAAGACACCCAAAAGAAGCUGUGGAAAAUCCGACUCCGCGAGCUUCUCGUCGGAGAGAAAUACUCAAAAUCACUAGAAGAAUUCAUGCAGGGAAAUCGGUUCAUCGAGGAUCAAGGAGAAAAGAUUGACGACAAAUACUUUCGAUCGGUGAUGAAGGCGGGGGGUUGUAUCAGGUUUUACAACUAUAUCCUAGUUGAUUCGACGGGAUUGCCGAAGAAUCAGAAUAUUUCUGAGAUCAGCUUCGAAGAUUUCGUAAAUGCCGUUUUUUACGUCGGAAAAGGAACCGAUAAUCGAGCAAUCCAACAUCUUCGUGACGCUGUCCACUUUGAUGGCCCGAAAAAUGUCACAGACGGGAAAUUGAGCAACGCCUCGAAACUCUGGCACAUCAACAACAUUUGGGACAACAAGGGCGCGGUGUAUGUGUUGAGGGUAUUCAACGAGGCCCCAGAAAACAUCUCCCAUCUCCGUGAAGAGGCCAUGAUCACCGCGUUUAAUGUUAAAAACUUGACAAACGAUGUGCGAGGCCACCAGCUUCGCGGCCAACUCCGCGGCUACACCGAUGAGAUGUUGGCGAUUCAUGGGACUUUUUUGAUAAUUCGCGCGCAUAAAGUGUUUUGCAACAAUCUACCCCCACCAAUCCGGCGGCAAAACCUGCUCGACAUGAUCCCGAUGACGAUGGGCGAUGUACCGUUAAAAUUUUUGGAUGCGAAGAUU